CAUUAAGCCUUACAUUUUUGUUCAAGUAUACCAAAACCUUUGUACUUGUUACCUUGUUUUUUUCUUCUUUAGUGGAGUUAUAUAUAACUUCUGCAUUUGUUUGUUCAUCAGUGUUGCUGUUUUGGGAGUGUGUUAAGUUAAGAGAGUUCCUCAUGCGGAUAUCAUUACCCCUUUGUCAUAAGACAAUCUCGGUCAUUUUGACACUAUUGAUUGCUGCAAGCUUCUGUUAUGGUGAUCAAAAUAAGGUAGAGGUUGUUGGGAUUGGUGAAUGUGCUGAUUGUCACCAGAACAAUAUUAACCACAACCAUGCUCUUAAAGGACUUAGAGUUACCAUUGACUGCAAACUGGCAAAUGGAGAGGUGAAAACAAGAGGAGAAGGGAAGCUUGAUGAAGAGGGAAAAUUUAGAGUAGAUUUUCCACAUGAACUUGUGGAAAAUGGAAAGAAACUGAAGGAAGAAUGUUAUGCCCAACUUCACAGUGCAUCAGAUAUACCAUGUCCAGCUUAUAAUGGGAUUGAAACUUCAAAAUUAGCCUUUGUAUCUGAAACUGAUGGAAAACAUACAUUUAGCCCUGUUGGAAAAUUGAAGUUUUCACCAGUAACUUGCACAUCUGCCUUUUUGUGGCCUCACUUCAAGUACCCACCUCUUCACAAGAAGUCCUUCCCAAAGUGGCCUUUCCCUUGUCCACCAUUCUUUAAAAAGCCAUUUUUCAAGAAACCAUAUUUCUCCAUCCCUAAAUACAAGAUUGAAUUUCCUCAUUUCCCCAUAUAUAAGAAGCCACUCCCACCAGUGCCAGUUUAUGAAAAGCCACUUCCACCACCUGUGCCAGUGUAUGAAAAGCCGCUUCCACCACCCGUGCCAGUGUAUGAGAAGCCACUUCCACCACCCGUGCCAGUAUAUGAGAAGCCACUUCCACCACCCGUGCCAAUAUACAAGAAGCCGUGCCCACCACCUGUGCCAGUGUACAAAAAGCCACUCCCACCCCCAGUGCCAAUAUAUGUAAAGCCACUCCCACCACCUGUGCCAAUAUACAAGAAGCCAUGCCCACCACCUGUUCCAGUGUACAAGAAGCCACUCCCACCACCAGUGCCAAUAUAUGUAAAGCCACUCCCGCCACCUGUGCCAGUAUAUGAGAAGCCACUCCCACCACCUGUGCCAGUAUAUGAGAAGCCACUUCCACCACCUGUGCCAGUAUAUGAGAAGCCGCUUCCACCACCCGUGCCAGUAUACAAGAAGCCAUGUCCUCCUAUAUUUAAGAAGCCAUACAUUCCAGUAUAUAAGCCAAAGCCUUUGCCUCCUAUUCCAAAGUUCCCUCCAUUCCCUAAAAAGCCAUGUCCUCCUAUAUUUAAGAAGCCAGACAUCCCAGUAUAUAAGCCAAAGCCUCUGCCUCCUAUACCAAAGUUCCCUCCAUUCCCUAAAAAGCCAUGUCCUCCUAUUAGUAUUCCUAAGCUCCCUCCUUUUAAGUUCCCACACCACCAUAAGUUUCCUCCAAAGUUUUAUGUGCAUCCCAAGUUUAAAAAGCCUUUCUUGCCACCAUUCCCUGCUCAUCCUUGAGUGAUGAAUUAUUUGUAGCUUCAUUUAUAUUGUUUAUGUCAAGGUACAAGAUUGAUGUACGAUAUAAUUAUAUUGUGUUCUUUGUUCAGUAGUAAAGUUUGUAAGAGAUAGUGUACGGCUGGUUUAGUUUAUGCUUUCAAAAAAAGAUGCAGGCUGAAGUAUCAAGUAGUACCAUCCUUAAGUGGAUCGGAGAAUAUAUAAUUCACUAUUGUUUUACUGUUUUCUAGUAUGUGUAUAUGUA